CCUAGGUGACCAUGAGGAGAAGAGGCCCCGCCGAGGCCGAGGCCUGCGGGGUGUGGCUGGAUGCGGCGGCGCUGAAGAAGCGGAAAGUGCAGACUCGAAUAUCCAAUCCCAUCACCAGAAUGCUGCCUCCAGCUCGAGGUGAGAGAGAAACUGUUGUUGAUUUUACUCAAAGAAGAGCUCAACCUGUGGGUACCAAGCAGACUGUCAUUGCAUCAUUUUUUGCUUCCAAGUCAGGAAAGGCACAUGAUGGUGGGCAGGGAAGGCCUUCACCGGGUACAGCAAGUCAGACAAAGAAGGAACAGAAAAGAGAUGUGAUGUGGUUGGAUCCUCCUCCAUUGGUCCCCGGGGAUGAGUGUGUCCAGUGUCCUGAAACUGCAGCUGCUUCAGUCACUAAGGAACCUCAGGAGCUCAUCUGUCCCACUACAUCUCCCAAAGAGGUAUCUGACUGUUGCAGAGAGGCAAGACCAGCUGUGCUCAGUAGCCAAGACCAGAAACUGCCUCUGCCCUGGUUGGACAUUGUAGGCUCUACUGAGGUGGGUUUUGCCUUCACCCAAAACUCCAAAGGCCUUGGUGUGCUAGCCCAGGGAAGAGAGGGUGGGAAAAUACAUUAUAAACAAGGGCAAGAGACCAAGUGCCUAGUGGACACGGCAGAAUUUUCCAAAGAAAACGAACAGUUCUCUGUCUUUCCCCAAGGCCACCAAGAAGGCAAAGCAGGGAAGGGAGAAAACAGGGAGCAGCCCUGGAGGGGAGGGGAUACAGAAUUAGUAAAACAAAGACCCUGCUCUAGUCAGGCCUUUUUUUGGGAUAGCGAGAGGUAUGACCCCGACUUGAAAAGCCAGUUGUUCACAGAAGAUUCCCAGGGCCAGAGGGUCAUCGCUCACCCUCCUCGAGCUGCUCUCCAAGAUAUAGCCAACUUUCCAAGAAAGCCCCUGCAUACAUCCCUCAGUUCUCAGGUUCAGUGCCGGGGCAGGUCUGUCCUGGGUAUCUCUCAGUUAAAUUCUCAGCCUGAUAUGCUCUUUACCCAGGACUCUCAAGGUAACAGAGUUAUCAAGCACUGCUUUUGAACUUCUGGUUUAACAGGGAAUUAUUAGACUCUUAAGUAUCCAGAUGAUAGAAAAACACCCUGCUAGCCUUGUGUUGUGUAGUCAUUUGGUGACCUAGUUCUGGAUUUGAGGGAAUGGAGGCAGUGCCAAAUGAAAGCAGUGUUUAGUUCUUUUUAUGAGCUUUUUCAUUGUGAAUGUAAAUAAAACAGGCACUUUCACUUGUUGAGGGAGUAGUUUUGGAAGAGACAGGUUGGCAGACACCCUUUCUGAGAGAAUUAUUGAUCUCUUAGCUCUUCUUCGAAGAGAACUACCAUAUUGAUACAAAUAUAGACUGAAUCUUCUCCUAAAUCUAGCUAAUAUUAAAAUUGAAUGUAGCUUAUCAUUGGUGUUAUUUUUCAGUGUAUUCCUAUAUGCCAUUUCCUUUCAAAGAGAUCUGUGGAGUGACCAUGGCAGUUAUUCAAAGCAAAACAUUUUUGUAUACAGGCUGUUCUUACUCUGCAGAAAACUUGCAAGGUUUGACUUGGGUCUUUCAAGUGGUUUGUGUCCAACUUCUGGCUUGGUUACAAUUUGAUUUCACCUGGCUGUAAUUCCAUCAGUAUGUCCCUCAUCCAUAGACCAGAAGCCUUGCUCUCUAGAACUUUGUUUUAAUUUUAACCUGGGGUGAGAACUGACUUGGGGCUUUGAGGAUCAGUUGAAACUCAGGUGGAAAGUUUGGUCCAUGAUUCUCCCUUAAAAUUUGUUUUUGAUAAACCAAUUUCUGGGAUUAGAGACAUAUAAAAUAGUGACUGUAUGCUGAACCAAAGCAACUCAAGCACUUUGAAAUGCUGCAUACUAUGGCAGCCCCAUAAGAAGUGCUGGGUUUCAGAAAUGUGCACAUACUUAACAGCUUUGUGAGGCAAAUUAUUAGGGCAUGUGUUGAGAGGAGGUUGAGAUAGAGAUGAAGUGAUUUAUCCAGUGGUCAUACAGUUUGCAGCUAUGAUAUCAUAAGACUAUAAUCUGAAUCUCUUAGCCCCACUACUUAGUGAUACCAGAUUUGUGGAGUGGGAAUGUGGUUCAGGCCCCAAGAGUAGUAUGUUUCAGACUUGUAUGACAUAGAACUGUAAUCUCUUCUCUGUUCCAACUCCGUGCUGGUCUGUACGUGCAGCUUGCACAAAGACGACAAAACUUUUAAGUACAAAGAUCAGAAGGAGAAAGCAAAUUAUUUUGGAAAGUUCAUUUUUUAAAAAUUUACAUUUAUGGUUUGCUUUACUAUUCAAUUCCAUAUUGUUUGUUGAAUGUUAAAUCUGUAAUAAAAUAAAAUUUAAAAAAAGUGGAUUGAACCAGAUGGUCUUUGGGGCUCUAUCAGCUCAGUCUAACAUUCUGUGAUUCUAAAUGGCCCCUCCCCCACCUUUCCUGGGCUUUAACAUGCUGUUAUUUCUUUAGAUACUAUAUAACAAGCUCUAGCAGGAUUUUUCAAGUAGUUAGAAAUCAGUGGGGGUUGGCUGUGAGGUGGGGCCUGAAUUCUAAUGAUGGAGGUUGGCACACUUUUCCAACCUUUGGUGAUGGAAUUGCUCUUAUGACGUGUGCACCUCUCAAAGAAUGGACAUAAAGUAUAGGUAAAAAUAGCAUUAAAUUGGAAGCCCAUCUUACUUUGAUAGAUCUGAGUAUUCCCUUCACCAGUGCAGACUGCAAUCCAUCUAAGCAAUGCUGUUUUUCGGCCUUUCCCUGGUUCCUCCCACAUUAUGGAGGAACUUGAGGUCCAGAAAGGCUAAUUUACCUACAUAAGAUUUAGAUACCACCAGUUCAGAGCUCUUCAACAUUGGCUGCUUGUAAUUUUCCCUUGCCAAAAGAGGAUUAGUUUAAUUCUUGCUCUCCUGUGGAAGGGAAUAAAAAUUUUUCUAAGACCUAUGUGCCAGGGACUGUGCUAAGUGCUUAUUAUCUCAUUUAAUCCUCACAACUGCAGAAAACAAGUGACUUGCCUCAAGACAUAUAGCUAGUAUCUGAGGAGCUUAACUCAGUGCCUACUAGGUGCUCAUUUACUGACCGAGGCUGGAUUUGAAUUCAGGUCUUCCUGACUCUUGGCCUAGCUCUCUAUCCACUGCACCACAAGCUGCCUGUGGGACUACACUUAAGUCAGAUGCACCAUUCAAUUUCAGCCAUACUUAGGUUACACUGAACUGCUUUUUGGAGGGAGAGAGGUAGGAAGAUGGUAUAUCUAGAACUUCCUGCUCUGUUCUGGAUGGGAGGGAAAUAUGGAUGGAGUAAUAGAAGUCUGAGGUCUGCCUGGUCAAGAAUAGACUUAAGAAGGGAUUUUGGAUUGCUUUAUCCUGCCAACUAAGUUUGCCCCCAGCUCAGUGUUUUGGUUUUUUUUCUCUUUCUCUACAAUUCUGUUUAUGCUAUGUGGAAAGAAACUGGAAGGUAUGGAGUUGGUAGGGAUGA